AUGUGCGAAUUGGUGUUGCAAGAGUGGAAAUACAUUGAUGAAUCAGCGAAACAUAGAGAAUUGUUUUUAAAAUUGAUUGAAUAUGGACGCAAUUCCGGUGUUGAGGUUAAAGAGGUGGGCAAUGUACGAGUAAUUUUCUCAAAAGAGUUUUGCAUUGGUGAAGGAAGUGGUGCAACCCGUGUUUAUCUUGGACUGGUCGUUGGAGAGUUAUGUGAAAUCUAUUUGGAAGAUCUUCAAAAAGUUCUUCCCAAAAUUCUCAGACAAAUUUUGCGAGGAUUAGCUGAUCUCCAUAGUGGCGAAAAUCCUAUUGUUCAUCGGGACUUAAAGCCCAGCAAUGUUCUCCGAGACACACAAGGCAACUUUCUGAUAGCUGACUUUGGCAUUAGUCGAAUAUUGAAGAAAGGUUCUACAACACAUAAUAGCAGUCCUAACAAAGGAACGGAGUAUUGGAUUGCUCCUGAAUCAUAUAUAGAAGAUGAAGAUUCAUUUGAUAAAGCGCGUUACAAAAGAAGUUCUGAUGUAUAUAAUGCAGGGAUGGUAGCUUAUUAUGUUGCAACAAAGGGAAACAUCCUUUGGAAUUCAACGGUAUAGACUGGACAACAUGCUAAAUGGAAACCCUGUUGGUUUGAAAGAAAUCAAAGAUGAAACACUAAAGGACCUUCUGUCGUGGAUGUUAAAUCUAAAACCUGAGAACAGACCAUCGGCUAGCGAAGCA